AUGGCAUCUCAACGUGCGGUGGUAACACUGGCCAAGCCGCCGGUGUUUGCUUUUACGAGGACGAUAGCCGCGGCGACAACUCCGGGGCGCAUCCGGGCAGUGACGGUAGCACAUUCGGGCUUGGUUAUGUCACAAUGCCGGGAUCAACGUUGGCACACGAGUCCAACUGGGCGGCGGCCCUCAUCGUCAAUAGCUAAGCAAGCCUACGGACCGACGCCAUCUAUUGCUAGAAGGUUGUAUUCCACCGACGCUGGGAAGCCUUCCAAGAUCUGGGACUUUGAUGCUAUUCAAAAACUCACUACGGACCCUACGCAUUCGGUCACGCUCAUUGGUACUGCCCUCCCUCUCCCACCGUUUCUUACUUUGCUCCCGCCCGUUGUUACCAACACUCUUGCCUUCUACCUAGAUGUCCGUGAACCGAACGAGCUUAAAGAAUCCGGCUUCAUCCCGGGGGCAAUUAACAUUCCGGUAUCCUCUACCCCAGACAGCUUCCACAUCACCGCUGAGGAAUUCGAGGACCGGUUCGGGUACUCGCGCCCCCCUACCGAUGCCGAGGUGGUCUUCUACUGCCGUGCCGGCGUGCGGAGCCGGGCAGCGGCGAACCUCGCAAAGGACGCGGGCUGGGAGAAGGUCGGGGAGUAUCCGGGCAGUUGGUUGGACUGGGCUGGGAAAGGGGGGAAGGUGGAGAGGUAG